AUGGCCAAUGCCGUUGCAUCAUCUAAUUUACGGGGUUUCUAUGUGUCUGAGUACACUUCAGAACAAGCAAGAAAUGCAUAUGUUACACGCCUUAAUGCAUCCAUUGAUUGUGUUCGAGUUCUUUUGCGACAAAGGCACUCAUUUCGAGGUCAUGAUGAAUCUGAGGAUUCUCUCAAUCCAGUUAUCAAUGCCGUCACAUUGGGAAAUGCUUCUCACAAUUGCAAAUUGACAUCACCUAAUGUUCAAAAGGAUAUAGUAAAUACUUGUGCUAUUGAAACGAUCAAUGUUAUUAUCAAAGAUGUUGGCAACUCGCUAUUUUCUAUUCUAGUUGAUGAAUCUUGUGAUGUGUCAAUGAAGGAGCAAAUGUCUAUUGUUUUACGUUAUGUAGACAAUAGUGGGCAUGUCAAUGAACGCUUCAUAGGGAUGUUACAAGUACCACGGCUCUAUCACUUAAGGCUGCAAUUGAUAAGCUUGCUUGUCAUGUUUUCUUCUGUUUUAGAUGUACUUGCAAUGAUUAUUGAAGAUGAAUCUUGUUCUCGUGACCAAAGAUCUGAUGCAACAAAUUUAUUGGAGUUGAUACAAAGAUUUGAUUUUGCAUUUAAUCUACAGUUGAUGAGAAGUGUGUUGAGGUUUUCAAAUGAACUGUCAAAGGCAUUGCAAAGAAAAGAUCAAGAUAUUGUGAAUGCAAUGCAAUUGGUGAGAUUGUGCAAACGACGACUCCAAAUAAUGAGAGACGAAUGA